GAGAGGAGGACUGUUUUUACGCGCUGCAGUCUUACAUAAAAGAAGGGUGAAAAUCGCUUAAAGGAGCUAAUGGAGGCUGUUUGAUAACAACUGAGGGGGAAAAGUUUUUGGGGAGAAUGCAGAGAGGAAGCAAAUGCAGGAAAGGAGUUUAGGACUAUGUAGGAAUUCCUGACUGAAGUCAUGGGUUCGGAGGCAAUGGAGGAUUGUGUGCAGGGGGCGCUCUCAUCGCUUUAUCCUCCUUUUGAGAGCACGGCACCACCCCUCCUCUCCCAGGUCUUUUCAGUGCUGGAGUCGACCUAUCAACACGAUAGUCUUCGCUACCUCCUGGACUACUUUGUUCCUGCCAAGCACCUCCUGCAUAAACUCCAGCAGCACGCCUGCUCUCAGUACCUGGGCUGCUUGUUCCUUCACUCCGGCUGGCCUCUGUGUUUAGGCGAGAAAGUGGUUGUACAGCUCUCCACCCUGGACUGGAGGAUACUGCGCAGUAAUGACUUCUACCUGCAGGUGGUGCCCUUCUCUACGCGCUGCCCCCGGCUGGCCCUAAAAUGUCUGGCCCCUGGGGGGCGCACCGUUCAGGAAGUCUUGGUACCCGAGUCACAGCACCCCCUUGUGUUCACCACUGAGUGGCUGCACAGCGUCAACAAAGAGCGAGGCCACAAAAGAGAAGUUGGAGGAGGACUUGACACCUGCCUGGUCAGUACAUGUGAUGGUGUAGUUCGACUUCCGUGGAAGGAGGUUGUCUACCCAAAAUUCAUCCACGACCCAUCUGAGGAGCUGGGCCUGAUGUCUAACCACGAGGGUCCCACAUCCAAACGCCUGCCCAGUGAGGGGGGCAGCAGCCUCGGGGGCUGGGGGGGCUCAUCCUCAGGAGAACUGGACUCCUGGUCCUGGGAUGAGGAGGAAGAUGAUGGUUUACCACCAGACAGCUUGGACUCUGAACCUGCGCAUCCCAGGCGAAGGCGCAGCGAAGAUGGACUCGGGCGAACAGCGAGGCACCCUCAGUUGGACGGGGACUAUGUGGAGCUAUUGGAGCCCAGACUGGGUCCUGAUGGAGGGGUUGACACAAGGCAGAGAUACCUGGAGAUGCAUGGAAUUUCUAAGACCAAGACAUUGCCUCUGUGCAGGAGAAGUAAAGCCAUCAAACUCAGGAAAGGGAGAGCUUGGGGAUAUGGGAGACUGGAAGGGUCAGGAAGCUUUCGAGCUGUCCUUGGUGCCAAAAGAGACCUAGUUACCCCAAAAGGUGACAUUUUACCACCUCGGCCUCCAGCAGGAGUUACUGAACCUGGCAGAGGGAGGCGGUCUUACUCCUCUUCUGUCCAUGACUCUGAUGAAGGAGAUAAAACAAGCAGAGACUCUGAGGGCCUGGAAAGCAACCGGCUUUAUUUCAAUGGCCUGUUCAAAGAGAGGAGGCCAGGUGUGGGAAAGGAAAGAGAUAGCAACAGCCUCACACAGCUGUGCAGAAAUAGCCACAGAGGUAAAGACUCCGAGAGCGGCGAAAGUGUUGUCGCAAACGAAAUCCAUGACUUGACGAAUCACAAAGUCGGGCAUGUUAUAGAGGGCCACUCAGAUCAUGGAUCUCAUUCAGACUCUGUUUUCGAGGAUACAGAUAAACCGCUGAGCGCAGACAGUGAUGCCACAACCCCAACAUCAGACGCACCGGAGAGAUCGUUCACUGGAGUUUUAGAAAGUGGAGAAAUUACCAACAGUGGAACCAAAAUGAAGAAUUCGUGCAACCCAAAGGGGAUAGAGGAAAGGGAUGAUGCAAAGACGGAGGACAGAGUUUGUGCGAGAGGAAAGGAAGUUAAAACUGCAGGAUUCAGAGCGCCAAGGAGGAAAAGGAAGGGAAAGGGGGCCAAAGGGAGGGCUAGGUCUGGGGGUCGUGCACACCAGAAGGGAUCAAAACUGCAGGGUAAAGCUGCUCAACCAAGUCCUACAAACUGCUCUGCUUUGACAAAACUGCCAAUCACACAGGAGAACCAAUCAGAGCAAAGAAAACUGGCGGAGGAACCUGACGGAGUGCUAUCUUCAACUAAUGAGGAGACAGAGGACACAAGGAAAAGCAGUGCAGAGAAAGAAGCCAAAUCUUUGCCUGUCUGCAACGGCCAAUCAGGCACAUCCUUACUUAACCACUCUAAUGAGGAGGCAGCAUCAGGAGAGACAUGUCCUGACCAACUAAUUGGUGUAACAUGCAAAGAGCCUCCCCUGCUCAGGGAACUGGACACAGAGCUUCUCCAGUCAGGGAAGCUAAAGUUGACAGGUACAGUGGACAGGUUGGGACGUGCACUGGUUGUCACGGACACAGAUGCAUCAGAGGAGAGCCUCUCUGAGGAGGAGAUGGCCCGGGUCCUGGCCUGCUACCACAGAAUCACUCGGCCUGCAGCCAAAGAAAAGGGUCUCACAGUGUUAAUGGACAGCAGACGCUCUCCACCCUCCACCCUCUGCCUCUCCGCUCUUAAAUUGUUCCAGGUGUUGGUUCCUGGCGGCCUUGGAUCUGUUCUGGUUUUGGUGGAAGAGCAGCAGGAGUCUCUUUCUCAUAAUGUGGAAGGAGCAGAGAUCCACAUGGUGCGAGGAACAGGGGUCCUUCAGCAAUAUGUUGACAAGCAGCAGCUGCCCACAGAGACGGACGGAGACUUCGCCCACUGUCACUCAGACUGGCUGGCCUUCAGACUGAGCCUGGAGAGUCUGACGGAGCGCUGUGAGAGCGCCCUCACACUCCUCAGUGAAGCGCUGCAGUCUAUGGACACUGAGCCAAUGCCAAACGACAUCAAGGCUGUUCCUCUCAGCAUCGACAAACACACACAGCUCAUGGCGAGCGUCCUGGCCGACCAACGCCUAACUGAACCGCAGAAAAGGGGCGGGGCCUGGCUCGCAGGACUGACCAAUAGUGCAACUGGACUGGCGCAGAAGUCCCCAGACUGCAGGGCGGCUCUUGCUGCAACCUCUAAACUCUACGACAGCGUGGAUGAUGCCCUCCACCGGCUCGUCCAAAUGUCCAACCAGAGAGGACGCGACCUUGAAGCUCUGGGACGACUAGUGGGGCUGGUGGACAAACUGGAAAAGUGUGAUAAGGAGAUUGAGCAAGUCCAGUCCCAGCUGGAAGACUACAAGGACCCUCCUCUGUCCCUCAGCAGACUCUCCCUCAAACAGCAGAAGUUCAAGACAUUCAGAGAAACAGCCAAUGACCUGCACAGCGAGACUCUGUCAGUGCUCAGCGAUUUGGAGGGCUGGUGCGAGCUGGACUGGGCAGGCCUGAGCAAUGUCCAGAUCCGACUUCCUCCAGUCAGGGAGAAGCUGAGAGACAUGUCCCACUGUCUGUCUGACUGCUGGACCACCCUGGACAACACACAGAGGCUGCUGUCCACACUGACCGAGGCCACCCAGUGGUGUGAGGUGGUCUACUCCACUUCCUCUUCCCCCUCUUCCACCUGCCCUCUCGCCUCCCUCCCUCCGAUCCCACCGUCCCGUUUCCAGGACGCUCGUUCCUUAGCCAUAGAGCUAGGAGGCGGGGCGCUCCUGGAUCUCUGGACCCAGACGGUAGACCGCUACCAGCGGACUGUAGCGCAGGUGAAACCCCGCUUCCUCCAGCCUGACAGGGCCCAAAAUCAGGGCCAGGGGAGGUCAAAGACACCGUCCGCCAGCAGCCUGUGGGACCUGAUGGGUUCAGAGGGAGAGGGCGACUGGGGAUUGGGAGCAGGAGGUGGCGAGGGGGGGCUGCAGUCUUGGGGAUCCCUGGCAUCGCUUUUCAGACCGCAGACCUGCUCCACACUGAAGAUAGGAGAGGAGAAAGGGAACAGGAAAGAGGGAGCAGGGGGAGGAGGAGCAGGCGGAGCUGGAGGAGGGAAGUUCCUGCAGAACCUUCUGAAUCCUGCAAAGAAGAGUCCUACAGAAACCCCGCUCCCUCCCAAGCCCCCCAGGAAGCGCCACCCAAGCUUUGACCUACAGGCUCUUCUUGCUCCCCGCAGAGGCACAGGCAACCCCAAACCUGAGUCCCCGGUGGGAGGGCCAAGCCGUAACUCCCCCAUGUCCUGGCUGGGGAGACGAGCGGUAGCUGACCCAGUGAUUACCACUAGCAUGGCUGCAGCUAUCCCUGGAUGGGGCAGUGGAGGUGGAGGAGGAGGAGGAGGAGGAGGAGGAGGGGUGUUAAUUCGAGGGGUGGAGGUCAGCAGCAAGGAGGUGGUGGACCACACGGGAUCGCCACGACAACACGUGCUGCUCGGGAGGACGGAGAGGGAGACGGGGACAGAUAGGGCUGGAUCAACUCCACAGAGUAAGCUGUACCUGCUCUGGUGUAGGAUGCUGAGUUCAGAGAGGCAGUAUGUCGCCGUCCUGAAGGGGGUAGAAGAGACGUACCUGCCCUUACUGGAGCUCUCAGACACCCCGGCCUCCAUCAGGGGGAAGGCAGACACCCUCUUCCCCAACUGGGCCAGCCUCAGCACCUUUCACUCACAGAGCCUACUCCCUGCCAUGGAGGGCGCUCUUGUGCAGAGCUUGUUGCAACAGGACUGCUUCAGCAAAUAUCGGGAGCAGUUUCUGCAGUACUCGCACUACUUCAGGACUAAACCAGAACUGGACUCUCCGCUGGUCACACAGGCUGCAGACUUCUUUAAGUCCAAACUCCCCCCGGCCUCCCCCCUCUCCCCCCUGUCCUUCCCUCACUGUAUUCAGGCUCCCACUCAGAGACUGGAGCAGUACUGCGAGGCCUUAGAGGAGCUGGGAGGGAUAAACCCCGCCUCCGACUCCGCCCUCUCCAUCCUGAGACACGCCCAGCGGCACGGCGAGGACCUCAGGGCCAACGACCUCAUCGUCGGAUGUCCGAUCCCGGUGGCGGAGCGCGGCGAGCUGGUGCGACAGGGCGAGCUGACAGUGUGUGGGGGGGCUCGGAGGAAGCGGGUGGGCGUGAGGAACGUUUUCCUCUACCAGCACGUCGUCAUCUUCACUAAACAGAAGAGUCCCGGCCCGGGACGCACCGCCUACAGCUUCAAACACAGCAUCAAGACCGGUGAGAUGGGUCUGACUCAGAGCGUGGGUGGGGAGGGGGUGAAGUUCGAGGUUUGGGUCCGACAGGCUCCUCGAACGAAAGACUGCAUCACGCUGCAAGCGAAGGACAGGGAAGGCAAGGUGGCCUGGACUCAUGACAUCGCCCAUCUGCUGUGGACACACGCCAUCAACAACACAGAGUUGUGUCUGAAGGAGUCACUUUGCAUGGGGAUUUCCAGUAAGCUGCUGCUGGACGCGACAGGAACUCCAGGCUCCGAGCUGGACUCCAUCUACAGUCUCAAUGACAGAGUCCACAGUAGCUGCUCAGACUCCUCCUCUGUCGGCAGUCAGAAGGAGGGGGGGUCCCCGGCGUCUGGGAGGGACCCCAGGAGAAGCUCCGGAUCAACAAGUUACUCCCAGAGUCAGUCUCCCUCCACAGCUGUGUAACUGUCGUCUCAAUAAGAAAACUGGACCCUGGACUUUUGAAGAUUUAAAUCAUCUCUAUUCCACCUCUGGGAAAGACAAACUGGAUUUCGAGGAGCUAGAAGACAAAAGAGAGACCCUCAGACUCUAUUGAACUUCUCCCACAUGCUCCCCCCCGCCCCCCUUUGCCCCCUUCACCUCCCUAAAACAAACAAAAUGCCAGCAGAUUAGCUGGAGCAGCGGCGCACUGCUUUCCCCCCACAUUCUCUGAUAUGAACCCCCCAAGGAAAAGCUGCCUCCAAAAAAAGGAUCAAAACUGCCCCGUUUAAACCACAACAAGCACCAGCAGGGCUCUCUGCGCUCCGCCAUUUUGGAUCUGCCAGUCUCAGUUGCUGGCAGAGUCAUUGACACCAAAGGCACUUCAGCCACACAGUGCGGCCAUUGUCUGCCCCGCGGCUCCCCACUAGGCCAAACCACUUGGUCUGAACCACUGACUGCCUGGCUGGCUCACUGUACGCAUCACAUGCUCCAGCAUCUGAUAAUAAACAGGAAGUAAUAUGCAGGGCGUAAAUCCACCAUAGGAUUGCAGAUUUAGAAUGUAUUAUGUACUCUGUCAUUUUCAUAACGCUGAAUGGAGCACUGUAGGCUUUGUUUUCUUCCUCCUGCCUGUGUAGAAAUGUGUGGCAUAGGCUAGGUGUGAUUGCAUCUAUGUAAAUGAGGCAGGGGUGGCGUGAGCACACAUACACACACAGUGUCCCUCAACACAUGCAGUCAACUCUUAUUGUUGGAAGACAGUGGGGCUCUAUUCACAUUCACAUGCUCACACACACACUCACUGUGGCCGCUGUAGAGCCUGGUACAGUGGCUACAAUCAACAUCAGGCAAGGUUACAUCUGAUCACACACACAGGAAGCACCGCCUUGUUAAUCUACGGGAGCGUUUGUCUAAGCUAAUGAUGUAUUAACCGUGGCAAGGGCUGGUAUUUAAUCUUCUUUAAAAGUAUAACUUAUGUCAGCAACUUGAGCUUCUUGGUGCCUUAUAAGUGUGUUGAUAAUGAAUUAUAUACCUUAUGAUAUAAGUUUCAUAUUCUAUGUGCCAAAGGUAUAAAAUGGGUUUUUGUGCAAUGUUGAUUUGUGUACAAAGAGGUAUUGUUGUUACAUUUAGUUUGCUUCUUCAGGAUCUCCAUAAGAUGGUGGAUCUGUGGAAUGUGCUGUGUUCAAGUUCUGCGGCUCGACAAUAUGAACUACAUCUGCUUCACUCAAAUCUGAAGGAAUCAUAGAAAGAAAGGCUUCCUACAGUACAUGGACAAAAAUGUUUACUUUUCAGCUUCUGGUUGGGAAAUUUUGAAUUUGAAUCACAGUUUGAAAAAGUCUCAGUGUCGUCUUCAAUUCCCAGCUCCACUGUGACGUCAGGGGAUGGCUUUCUUACACUUUAAAAGGAAUAGUUUGACAUUUUGGGAAAAUGUGUAUUUUCGCUGUCCUGCCAGGAGUUAGAUGAGCAGAUAGAUACCUCACUUCAAUGUCUCAAUGUUAUAUGUGAAGCCUUAUGCUAAGCUAAGCUAACUGGCGGUAGCUUCAUAUAGCCUGUAGACAUGAGAAUGUUUCACGUUCCCAAAACGUUGAACUUUUACUUUAAGAUAUCAUCUCCUAAAACUAAUGAAACACACAUUACUUCCACUCGCAGAAGAGACGCACAACUACAGUACAUUAGUUCUUAACAUGACGCUCAACAUAUCUGGAACUUAUCAUUUAAUGUUAUGAGGCAGACGAGACAAAAAGGCAUCAAUAUUUCAUCUGAGGAUGUAGUUCAUAUUGUAUGACAGCAAGCAUUCAGUCAGUAAAACCAAUCAUCAUCCACUCCCCAGUUUGAUUUGAUCACUAUCAAACAAUAUCACGCUUAAGGUACGAUAUGAAACCAUCAGGUAGCGAGAGCCAGCGGCAGCAGCAGCGGGAGGUCAAGCUCGCGUCUGCAGACAGCAGCAGUUAUCAGAUUCAGCACGUUUCAUAUCUGCAUUCAAAUUCAAGAAAUUGCAAAUGGCUAUUGAGCCGUUUCUGAAUCAAUAUGUAAUUUGUUGGCUAGGAGAAGGCCCGUACACUUCAUAGCCUUUAGCUGUUUGGUACAUUGCAUUAUAUUGGAAGCGAUGUAAUGAACACCAUCUUUCAUUCUUACUGCAGUAUAGAUUGUCAUAUGCAGAAGCCUUUACUUUUGUAUGCAGUAUUAAUGUAUAGAAACUUUUUGUCUCUUGCUCUUUUUCUACGACACACUCUGCCUGAUGUUUACAUUUUUUGGAAAGGAAUGUGGAAUGUUGGACAUGCAUGUUAUGCUUACUUGAUAAUUGUA